AUGGAGGCUGCAGCUGUUGCAGAAAGGAGGGCUAACGGAUUCUGCAGAUACUAUAUACGAGGAGAAUGCCGAGAGGGUAACAACUGCAGGUUUUCACAUGAUAGCAGAGAUGUUCCAGUUUGUCACUAUUACCAAGAAGGACGUUGUUUGUUUGGAAAAGAUUGUUGGUACAAUCACCCUGAUGAGCAAAUGUUCAUGCCAAUUGUACACCCAGCUAUAGCUGUUUUUGAUAUUGGUGGUACUGGUCCAGGAGGCAAUCUGAACCUAUUGUUAGCAGCUGCUGUGGCUGGCGCUCAAACGGAUGAUGACAACAGCAGUAGUGAGGAGGAGGUGCGAGAUCCACUCACCCUGGACAAUGCUAUGGAAUUGUGGACUAAGCACAAGAAACGAAAUGUUAUUGCAGAGAGUAAGUUAUCAAAUGAAGAGCAAACAGAAGCAGGUGAUGAUGAGUCAAGCGAGGAUUCAGACACUUCCGACUGUUUAGAGAAACAUGUUCAUGAGUUCUUUUACGAGCUCAGAAACUACGAUAUGACGACAUGGGACAUGGAGACCGUGUACAAGCUAAUAUCAAACCUCGCUGAACUUUCCAUUAAAGAAUUUGACGAGUUCAACAUUGCUCUGAGUUUAAUCUUAGGAGAGACGAUCCGUCACUGGCGUCCGGCAGCCAGCGACGUCGCGGAGUUGUUUUUGAGGAUCUCCGAGAAAGAUGAUGCAAAUCUGGCUAGCAUGAUUCUUACCCUUUGCAACGCGCCCAUUAGAGUUAAAUUCCUAGAGAGUCAUGUGGCUUGCAUUCUAGCCGCAGCGCAGAGAAAGUUCCCCAAGGAGUGGACCCCUCAGGCGAUAGGGAAGCUGCUACAGGAUGUCGAAGAUAACGGUUUUAACAUCGAUGCUACCGAGGUUUUUCACCGUAUGGGGAAGGAACUCGAAGACCCCGAGGUGCUCGGACAGCUUGUUCGUGAAUAUCUCUUGGCGACCGGAGAGAAAGAUUCCUUCAAUUGCAGAUGCAAAACUGCGGAGUGUCAAUGCCCGGUUUCUGUUGACGAAGGAGUUGCGUUCAUUGUGUUUGCUGGUCUGGAGAGGAAGAUGAACUGGGAUGAAGAAAGCAAGCUGAAGUUUUUCAGAAGCGCUACAGAGACAUUGUGGACGCCUGACGUUUUAACCGAGUUAGGUGAGCUUUUCAGCAUCAAGGACCCCGUUAAAGUCUGCCAUCCUAGAGUGGACAAACGCCUCAACUGGAACGCUAAAGAAUUCGUCAGCGCCGAGGAACAUACCACUGUAGGAAAACCCCUAAAGAAACCAACCACCCAGCGAAAAUUUCAGUGCAGGGGGGCAAGAUGCUCAAACCAGCCUAAAAGAGGCUGUGACUUUGACAUGUGUGGACGAUGUUGUAAGAAGGUUGCAGAGCCGUGCUCUGUCCACGAGGAUGCGUUCAGCGUGUUUGAACCUCCUGUGUUUGAGCGAAAUUACAGUUUUUUCAAGAUCGAACCCAAAGCCUUUUUCAGGUUUGCAGAAAAUUUGUUUGCCUAUAUGGUGUAUCGGCCAUUGGAUAGAAGCAUUUCUGGUCAUUCUUUCAAACUAAAUUCUUUUUGUUUCACUAUUUGUAGUUCCAGAGAUAAUCUGGACAACAUUGGCAGUAUCCUUACACCGUUUCGAAGCGUCACGUUCGGUUCUGAUUUCUCUGUUCACGACGACGACGUCAUCAAAGCCGUGGACCUCUGCAAGGACAGUUUAGUGGUCCUUGAACUCGGUUCCUCAAACACGGGGGCUGGCGUGUGGCUCACAGACACGGCCGUGCACCACAUUGCCAGCAACUGUCCUAAUCUGCUGAAGCUUCGCUUGGAAUCCGUCACGGGAGUCACCGAUGUCGCGGUCAUUGACGUCAUGUUCAAGUGCCCGUUGUUGGAAGAGCUCGAAGUCAGCGGUCACGAUCGCAGCUCGGGUUCCCUUACAGACGAGUGUAUCAAGCGCUUGUUUGACCUAAGUGUGCUACCGGGCCUGAAGGGCUUGAUCAUUACAGAUCAACUGCGCGUGCGCCAUGAUGUGGUGUACCGACUGCGCAGGCGUCGGCCCAAAUUGAAGAUCAUUGCGGGGGAGACUGAUAGCGACAGUGUAGCGCACUCCAUGGUGUUAGGAAUGAUGGGUCUGUCUUAUGGAGACGGGCUUUAUUAGAAGCUUACAGAAAUCUUGCUACCCUCAGAAUGAAGCACCGCUCACAAGGAAACGAUAAUAAGGAAUUUAUCAAAGGCAGGGGAUUCGCGAGCCCGUAGAGUGGAAUUCAGAAGUGUAUGCCGGGACCUUUGAACUAUUUUUUGUCGUUCACAAAGCCCUUAUAUAAUUCGGAAGCAAAUUAAAGCUAUGUUCACAACGCCGCUACCUGUUGCAGCUCUAUUAGAAGCUUAAAAGUUUAGCUUUCGUUGUGCGAUUUCAUGCUUAGAAGUUAAUUUACGUUUGCGUGAAUAGCCUAGGAGUAUAUGAAUGUUAAAUGCACGUUUAAUUCUUGUUU